AUGACAGAGAAGGGCAACCCUGAAUCCUCUCCUUACCAACUGGAUGCGGCCUCGAUCAAGUUCAAGGAUGGCCGCAUGGAUGGCUCCGUUAUCAAAUCGCUGGCCGAUGGUGACGCAGUCAAACUGCCCUUAAUGAUAACUUUCCUUGACCACGGAAACGUUCGUGUCACCAUCGACGAAGAAAAGAGGAGGAAAGGUGAGAUUGAGCUGCGGCACGGCAGUGUCGCCAGGAAGGAGAGAUACAAUGAAGCCGCUGCCUGGGCCCUUACCGGAGGCGGUCUCCAACCUCAGACGACCGCUUCAAUGGAAAAGGUAUCGAAAGAUGUUACAGAAGUAUCGUGGGGAGCCAACGGCCACUUCAAGGCGGUUAUUCGACACGCACCCUUUGGAAUAGAGUUUUGGUCCGGUGAAGAGAAACAUGUCGUGUUCAAUGGACGAGGCUUCUUGAAUGUCGAGCAUUGGCGGCCCAAGGUUGAGAAACCUACUGCGGAUGAGAACAGUACCGAAGCACAGCCCAUCGAAGCAGCGGAAGAUGAAGGCACCUGGUGGGACGAGAGCUUUGGGGGUAACACUGACUCGAAGCCCAAGGGACCGGAAAGUGUUGCGCUGGAUAUCACCUUCCCUGGCUACGGGCACGUGUACGGUCUCCCAGAGCACGCGGGGCCUUUGUCGUUGAAGGAGACCCGUGGUGGAGAUGGGAACUACGACCAACCAUACCGGAUGUAUAACAGUGACGUCUUCGAAUACGAGCUCGACUCCCCGAUGACCUUGUACGGAUCGAUACCAUUCAUGCAUGCUCAUAAAAAGGACUCAACAGUUGGUGUCUUCUGGCUGAAUGCGGCUGAGACGUGGGUGGAUAUUGUCAAGUCGAAACACGACACAAACCCGCUCACCCUGGGCCUCACAGGCGGGGUUGUAGACACCCAUACACACUGGAUAUCUGAAAGCGGUCUGCUGGACGUGUUUGUCAUGCUCGGUCCCAUGCCUGGAGACGUUUCCAAGUCAUUCGGUGAGCUUACCGGCUACACCGCAAUGCCCGCAUUGUUUGCCCUUGCCUACCAUCAAUGCAGGUGGAACUACGUCAGCGACGAGGACGUGAAGGAUGUUGAUCGGAAGUUUGACAAAUUCAAUAUCCCCUACGAUGUCAUCUGGCUUGAUAUUGAAUAUACGGACGAUAAGAAGUAUUUCACCUGGGAUCCGUUGAACUUCCCAGAUCCCAUAUCGAUGGAGAAGCAGCUUGAUGAGACUGAGCGCAAGCUGGUUGUCAUCAUCGACCCACACAUCAAGAACAAGGAGGGAUACUUUGUUGUGGAUGAACUCAAGAGCAAAGGUUUGGCGGUGAAGAACAAGGAGAACAACAUCUUUGAGGGGUGGUGUUGGCCUGGGAGCUCUCAUUGGAUCGAUGCUUUCAAUCCAGCAGCGAGGGCCUGGUGGAAAUCACUAUUUACGUUCGAUCGAUUCAAAGGCACACAAUCAAAUGUGUGGCUGUGGAACGACAUGAAUGAGCCAUCCGUCUUUAAUGGCCCGGAAAUCACCAUGCCGAGGGAUAACCUACACCACGGCAACUGGGAGCACCGAGACCUACACAACCUCAAUGGCAUGACUUUUCACAACGCCACCUGGCACGCUCUCUUGGAACGCAAAAAGGGAGAGAUUCGGCGGCCAUUCGUGCUCACUCGAUCGUUCUACGCAGGCUCGCAGAGAUCUGCGGCAAUGUGGACUGGUGACAACCAGGCCAAUUGGGAACAUCUUGCCGCAUCGAUCCCGAUGAUUCUCAAUCAAGGGGUUGGCGGGUUUCCCUUUGCCGGGGCUGAUGUCGGUGGAUUCUUUGGUAACCCAAGCAAAGAACUGCAGACGAGAUGGUACCAAGCUGGGGCUUUCUAUCCAUUCAUGCGUGGCCAUGCACAUAUUGACACCCGGAGACGCGAGCCCUACAUGCUCGGGGAGCCAUACACCGGUAUCAUGACCCAGGCCUUGCGACUACGCUAUUCACUCCUGCCGGCAUGGUAUACUGCAUUCCAUGAGGCCGCCACAGAUGGACACCCUAUCGUGCGAGCCCAGUAUUUUGUUCAUCCAUCAGACGAACGAGGUUUUGGCAUCGACGAUCAGAUGUACCUCGGCUCCACUGGCUUGUUGGUAAAACCCGUCACCGUCGAAGGAGGGGAGAGCGUGGAUAUUUACCUGUCGGAUGAUGAGAAUUACUAUGACUACUUUGACUUCACGAUCUACGCUGGCGGUUCUAAGACGCACAAGGUCGAUGCACCGUUGGACAAGAUUCCGUUGCUCAUGCAAGGUGGCCACAUAAUUCCCAGGAAAGACAGACCAAGAAAGAGUUCCGGGUUGAUGAAGUGGGAUCCGUACACUCUUGUGGUUGUUCUGGAUAAGCAUGGUGAGAAAGCAGAGGGCACGCUGUACGUGGACGACGGAGAAACGUUUGAGUAUCAGCAGGGGGCGUAUAUCCAUCGCCAGUUCUCAUUCGGGGAUGGAGCUCUUCGGAGCCGCGACAUUGGCACGAAAGGACCGAAGACUGCUGGGUAUCUGAAGACGAUGAAGGAAGUCAAGAUUGAGAAGAUCAUCGUGGUCAACGCGCCUGCUGCGUGGUCGUCAACCACAGAGCUCACCGUGUCAGAGGACGGGGUCAAGGGUGACCGAAAGGUCGAUAUGAGUUAUCAUGCGGCGCAGGGGAACAAGGCUGCCUGGGCCGUGAUCAGGAGUCCCGGGACUAGCAUUGGCGUGGAUUGGACUGUGCAGUUCCCCGAGAGCGCGAGCUCCUCCAGGCCAAAGACUGACUUGUAA